GCAGCCCUGUCUGGAUCCCUGUCUCUCUCGGGGAUCUGGGGCAAGGGGCUGCCCCGCUGGAGGGCCUGGCCCUGGGCUGGUGCUGCACAGCAGAAGCCCGUUGUCUUGGGGGAGGCGGCGAGCCAAGGCGCCCUGGCCGGCCCCGCUCUGCAGGCUGGCUGUGGAGCUGGGAGCAUGUGGCUUUUCACAGGUGGCUGCUCCCCUUCAAUAAAUGCAAAGGAAACAGGGCUGCUGCUGCGUCCAACUCAAAUCCCGUGCAGUCCAGCAUCGGCUCAGGAGAGGGUUUGCUGCAGGAGUGGAUUUUCAUGGCAUGGAGCUGUUCAAUAUUAGUGUUGUCUUUUUAAUCUAGUGUCAGCUGGCCCUGUAGUGGGCUAUAACUCCCGCUGUACAUCAUCUCCCAAAACGAUGCCUCCUUUUCUUUCUUUGUUUUUUGAGGGGAGUCUUCUCUUAUUGUCAGUUAAGCUGAAAAAGUCUCUUUCUGACAUUUCCUUAUCUCCUGAACAUUGGAGUAGACGGCGUCUUUCAGUUUCAAUAUUUUCUGUGGUGUAUGGAUUGGGAAGUCAUUCCCUGGGUUUCUAACUCUGUCUUAUCUCCUCUUAUUUCUGACAAGGGGGGCAUCCAGCAGCAUGGAAAAUAGUGUGGUUCUGCAAAGGAGUUAGAGGGAGGGUACGGUUAUGGGGCACCAUUUCUUUGUAGUUGCCUACGUGCUUUAUUUGUUUUAGAUAGCAAGGAUUGGCCCUGCUUUGAGCAGGGGGUUGGAUUAGAUGACCUCCUGAGGUCCCUUCCAACCCUGAUAUUCUAGGUGUGGAGAAAUAUACAAAGUUCAAAGCAUAUAUGGAACAGGCCAGGAACCAGCAUCUUUAUUCUUGGCCCAAGCUCCCUGAAGCCAACCCUGUAAGCCGUGUCGUCAGUCGCCCCUCCCUCCGUCAGAGCAACGGCAGACAAUCGUUCCGCGCCUUUUUUCUGUGCGGACGCCAUACCAAGGCAAGCAUGGAGGCCGCUCAGCUCACUUUGGCAAUUAGGAGCACAUUAAACACCACACGCAUUAUCCAGCAGUAUAUGCAGCACCAGAACCUGGCAAAGCGAUACCGGGCGAGGAGGCGACGUCAGCGCGGUCACGUGAGUGAUCAGGACAUGGACACAGAUUUCUCUGAAAGCAUAGGCCCUGCCAAUGCAUGCAUCAUAGUGCUAAUGGGGCAGGUUCAUGCUGUGGAACGCCGAUUCUGGGCUCGGGAAACAAGCACAGACUGGUGGGACCGCAUAGUGUUGCAGGUCUGGGACGAUUCCCAGUGGCUGCGAAACUUUCGCAUGCGUAAGGGCACUUUCAUGGAACUUUGUGACUUGCUUUCCCCUGCCCUGAGGCGCAUGAAUACCAAGAUGAGAGCAGCUCUCACAGUUGAGAAGCGAGUGGCGAUAGCCCUGUGGAAGCUUGCAACGCCAGACAGCUACCAGUCAGUUGGGAAUCAAUUUGGAGUGGGCAAAUCUACUGUGGGGGCUGCUGUGAUGCAAGUAGCCCACGCAAUCAAAGAUCUGCUGAUAUCAAGGGUAGUGACCCUGGGAAAUGUGCAGGUCAUAGUGGAUGGCUUUGCUGCAAUGGGAUUCCCUAACUGUGGUGGGGCUAUAGACGGAACCCAUAUCCCUAUCUUGGCACCGGAGCACCAAGCCGCCGAGUACAUAAACCGCAAGGGGUACUUUUCGAUAGUGCUGCAAGCUCUGGUGGAUCACAAGGGACGUUUCACCAACAUCAACGUGGGAUGGCCGGGAAAGGUGCAUGAUGCUCGCAUCUUCAGGAACUCUGGUCUGUUUCAAAAGCUGCAGGAAGGGACUUUAUUCCCAGACCAGAAAAUAACUGUUGGGGAUGUUGAGAUGCCUAUAUGUAUCCUUGGGGACCCAGCCUACCCCUUAAUGCCAUGGCUCAUGAAGCUGUACACAGGCAGCCUGGACAGUAGUCAGGAGCUGUUCAACUACAGGCUGAGCAAGUGCAGAAUGGUGGUCGAAUGUGCAUUUGGACGUUUAAAGGCGCGCUGGCGCAGUUUACUGACUCGCUUAGACCUCAGCGAAACCAAUAUUCCCACUGUUAUUACUGCUUGCUGUGUGCUCCACAAUAUCUGUGAGAGUAAGGGGGAGACGUUUAUGGCGGGGUGCGAGGUUGAGGCAAAUCGCCUGGCUGCUGGUUACGCGCAGCCAGACACCAGGGCGGUUAGAAGAGCACAGGAGGGCGCGGUACGCAUCAGAGAAGCUUUGAAAACCAGUUUCAUGACUGGCCAGGCUACGGUGUGAAAGUUCUGUUUGUUUCUCCUUGAUGAAACCCCCCGCCCCUUGGUUCACUCUACUUCCCUGUAAGCUAACCACCCUCCCCUCC